AGGAGGAGGAGGAGCCAGCGCCACACGAAGUCCUCUAGCUCUCAGCAGGAGGAUUGGUCGCUCUCUGUGGCUCCUCCCUCUCACAAGCUCCUGUCCCAGGUUGUUGCUGGAAACCAGAAACCUCCCAUUCUCCUGUCCGCGUUAGCACGGGCUGCUGGCGAGGAGAGCUGGGAAUCCCAGCUGGGGAGGCGUGGACGAGCGAGACGCCCAGGCGUGGCACUUGGGUUUUUAAUGCCAAAGAAAAAGCGAGACACCAAAGCGUGCGCCCUCGGCCGACCGGGUAAGCGAGCGCCGCUGCCGGCUCCACGGCUUGGUGACUUCCAUUUCAGUUCAACGGCGUUACAAGAACCCAGUGGAGGUCCUUCUGUUGUGAAGUAAAACAACAUGCAGCAUACAGAGAGGAGAGCCUUUAGCAAUAAGUAAUCAGUGGAAGGACACUCAAGCCAGUGAUCCUUGCUGUGGCAAAAGAGAGGUCAUCAUACAGGGCUACCAAGGCUGUUUCCGUGCUGAAACCCGACUGAAAUGGAUCCAGAUCCUACUAUCACUUUGCUACAAGAGGAUACAAUGAACAAGAUGAAAACUUUCAAGCGCCGUUUUUCCCUUUCAGUUCCCCGGACGGAAACUAUUGAGGAGUCACUGGCAGAGUUCACAGAGCAGUUUAACCAGCUCAACAACAGGAAGAAUGAAGAUAUGGCACAAGGACGCUUGUACCUGAGUCAUCUGAACAGAGACAUCCAGACACAGCCCAGUUCUUCUUCACCUUUGGAAGGCCAGUCCCCAACUGCUGUGCAUUAUCGAAAUGGCAACCAUCGCCGCUUUUCAAUGGAGGAUGUCAGCAAGCGCCUCUCUCUGCCCAUGGAUAUUCGCCUUCCCCCAGAGUUCCUCCAGAAACUAGAGAUGGAAAGUCCAGAGAUUUCCAAGCCUCUUAGCAGGAUGUCUCGACGGGCUUCUCUUUCAGACAUUGGGUUUGGAAAGAUGGAAACCUAUGUUAAACUGGAGAAGCUGGGGGAGGGCACCUAUGCCACUGUCUUUAAAGGGCGCAGCAAGCUCACCAAAAACCUGGUUGCCCUGAAGGAGAUCCGGUUGGAGCACGAAGAAGGAGCCCCCUGCACAGCUAUAAGGGAAGUUUCCUUACUGAAGAACCUCAAGCAUGCAAACAUUGUGACCCUCCAUGACAUCAUCCACACAACGUGCUCCCUCACUCUUGUCUUUGAGUAUCUGGACAGUGACCUGAAGCAAUACCUGGAUAACUGUGGGAAUCUGAUGAGCAUGUACAAUGUGAAGAUCUUCAUGUUCCAGCUGCUGCGUGGUUUGUCCUACUGUCACCAGCUUAAGAUCCUACACAGAGAUCUCAAGCCACAGAAUCUGCUAAUUAAUGGGAAAGGGGAACUGAAACUUGCCGACUUUGGCUUAGCCAGAGCAAAAUCUGUCCCAACAAAAACAUAUUCCAAUGAAGUUGUCACACUGUGGUAUCGACCUCCUGAUGUCCUGCUAGGAUCCACAGAAUACUCCACUCCCAUUGACAUGUGGGGUGUAGGUUGCAUACACUAUGAAAUGGUCACAGGACGUCCCAUGUUCCCAGGAUCUACUGUGAAAGAAGAGCUGCAUUUAAUAUUCAGGACAUUGGGAACCCCUACAGAAGACUCCUGGCCAGGUAUCACAUCCAAUGAGGAAUUCAAGGCUUAUAAUUUCACACAGUAUCGAGCCCAGCCAUUGAUAAACCAUGCACCAAGACUGGACACAGAAGGAAUCGACCUGUUAACGAGUCUCCUCCUGUACGAAGCCAAAAGACGCACUUCUGCUGAAUUGGCCCUGCGACACCCUUACUUUAUGGUGCUAGGUGAAAAGGUGCACCUCCUUCCCGAGACUGCCUCCAUCUUCUCUCUGAAAGAAAUACAGCUUCAAAAGGACCCUGGCUACCGAGGCUCAAGCUUCCAACAUUCUGGUAGGAUUGCACUAAGACCUGCUGCAAGCAAUGGGACUUAAAAUUAUUCAGGAUGAUCUUGUUCAGGUUUGGGUUUUUUUGCAGGAUUUAUGACACAACUAACUUAUCUGGAUUGGAUUAUCGUGUUUUAAAGCUUCUACUAACCAAUACUCCAUGAUCCCAAUUAGUUAUCUUUUAACUAAAAAAGAAAAAUAAACUAUUUUUUUUAAAAAAAACUAGUUUUUUUCAUGUUUCGCUUUUGUCUCCCUUCAUGUAAAUCCCAUUCUUUGUUAUCCACUGACUGCACAGAGAAAUCUAUACAAUCUCUCUUUCAGAUCAACCUUUUAUCCAUUUGAAAAAAUAUCCUAGUCCCACCUCCCAGCAUAGCCUUCAGGCACAGAUAAGAGCAGUUCCUUUCACUCAGCAGAGGGGAACAUGUGGCCUACCAAAUGUUGCUGGGCUUCAACCCUCAUCAGCUGCAGCCAGCAUAGCCAAUGGUUAGGGAUAAUGGGAGUUGUAGUCCAGCAGCAUCUGGAGGGCUACAGGUUCCCCAUACUUGCUUUAACAUUUCCUUACGUGUUUUAUGCAAUUGAAGAUUCUUUCAGUAAGAAUUGUUUCUGCCUUAUAUUUGGCAGGAAGAGUGCCAUUUGCCGUUUUGGGAUGUGAUGUUCAUAUGAUGCUCUUUGAGAUGUAAUUGAUCAACUUGUGUGUUUGGUUUGGGGGGGCUUCCUUUUCAUCUUGUGUAUUCUUUUCAACCACUCUCUGAAGAAAGCAAAUUACUGUUGCAAUAUUAUUUUUUAAAAAUAUAAAUUCAACAUUUUUUUCAUUUUUGUAUUAUUAUUAGUGUUUUAAGGAUACCAACUUGAGCCAGGGUGGGAUUCAUUUAGGGCAGCCUUCGCCAACUGAGUGCCCUCCAGAUAUUUUGGACUAUGACUCCCACCAGUCCAAAACAUCUAGAGCAGUGUUUCCCAACUAGUGGGCCACCAAAUGUUGUUGGACCACAAUUCCCAUCUUUCCUGACCUUGGCAAUGCUGGCUGAGGCUGCUGGGAGUUGUGGUGCAACAACAUCUGGUGGCCCACUAGUUGGGAAACGCUGAUCUAGAGGCACCAGGUUGGCGAAGGAUAGAUUAGGGUUUUGCUCUGUCAUCAUCCUGCAGCAAAUUAGGGACAAUGGGCUGGAGCACACCUCAGUGGGAGGCUGCAGAACACAAAUGUACAUAUAUAUCCCAGUGUGACUUGAUGUGUACAUUUAGAGGCACUUAUUGCAGAGAGCUCCCCCAUCUCCACGCCCAGUCCAACAGCAGCCAGGAAUAUGGAGAAGACAUGGAAGCUCAGGAUGCAGUGACAAAGCUCCACAUUUGUAUAUUAUGGACCAGGGAAGGAUCUUAAUGGGAGGCCAUUUCCUGUGACUCUAAUGUGCUCUGACCCAAAGCAGGGAAGUGACUGCAUAUGAUAUCAUUCAGUGCCCAUUCCUGUUUCAGCACUGUAAGACCCACAUUGGUAGAAUUUCAGGAAUUUAGGCCACAGUCCUAUAUACAUUUACCUGAGAGUAGCCAUUUAACUUCUGACUGGCUUCUUCCUUCUAAGUAUACAUGCAUUACUUCAUAGUAAUUAUACAUAGGAUUGCUCUGUUAAUUAUGAAUAACCAUCACAGUCUCUGUUUUCAGCGAACUAUUAACAGGAUGAUUGGUUUCCAAGACAGGCCCCUGCCUACUUGAUGGUGUUUUUAUACAUAAAAAUAAAAGGCAUUGAGACCUCACAUGCUUCUUGUGUCAGGUAUGAAUGCUGUUUAAUUCAGGAAAUAAUGUAAAAGAGAAAUCAACAGUGCAAAUCCUGUACAUGUCUACUCAGAAGUAAGUCCCACUGAGUUCCACGCACUUUCCCUGGUCAGUGGGUAUGGGGUGCAGCCAAUGUUGGGUUUGCAUAUUAGACGCCAAUUCAAAACGAAACUGAUUUGGCCUUUGUGUGUGAAACCUACUCAUGACUCCUUCAGUCAAACAAAGAAGUAAGGGAGACCUGAUCUUUUAAUUUCCAAGAAAUGCUUGUAACAUGCAUUUUGUCAUUAUUGUGUAGCUGCAUCUCAUGACUACUUGUGGUGCUCCAAGUGAGAUAUUGUUCACCUCAUUUUCUCCUAGGGGACCAAAUUGCCCAUUGGGCCAGAAUAUCCAUGUUCACGUGGUUCACCUGUGCCUGAACCCUCAUGAAGUACGGGUGCAUGAUGGCUCUUCAGGCACAGGUUGCAUAAUUGGGCUUGUACGUGGCUCUUCAGGCACAGGUUGCAUAAUUAGGCUUGUACGUGGCUCUUCAGGCACAGGAUGCAAUUCCAGCUCCAUUCUCUCCCAUGAACUGAUAGGUUUGCAACCCAGUCUGUCUAUAUUUAAAAGCAAAUCCCAAUGAUUUCAAUGGGAUUUACUUUCCUGGUUACCUAUUAGGGUUGCCAGGCUCAAGGCCUGAGAAUGAUUCUGUAUCUUUAAGACAAGAGAAAAUUCAGCUGUAGGUUUUCUUGCAACACUGU